AUGCUAAGAAGCACCGCAUCGCACGCUCUAAGAAUCCCCUCCAGACUGGUGGCCACCCCAGCCGUGUACUCGUCCGCUUCGCGGGUGUGCGCGCUGCACAGCAGCGCGCGCGUGCCAAAGUCGCUGGGCGAGAAGGUACGCAGCACGCUGAGCGACCUGAACAAGAAGGUCGGAGAGGCAGCUGCCAGCGGGAUCGACAAGGCGCAGGAGGCGUCGCACACGGUUGAGGAAAAGAGCCACACGGCUGCAGAGGCCACUAAGCACGGUCUCGAGCAGCUCAACAAGAAGACCGGACAGGCCGCCGCCAGCGGGAUCGACAAGGCGCAGAACAUGGCACAGGAAGCCGGCGAGAAGGCGCAGGAGCUGAAGAAGCGCGACCUGACGCAGGAGGCCAAGGGCAAGGCGCAGGAACUGAAGGACAGCGACUUGGCCCAGGAAGCAAAGGACAAGGCGCAGGACCUGAAGGAGGGCGCGCAAGAGAAGGCCGGCGAGGCCAAGGGUAAGGCCCAGGAGCUCAAACACGAGGGCAAGGGCAAGGCUCAGGAGCUGAAGCACGAGGCCAAGGGUAAGGCGCACGAGGGUGCGGCCAAGGCCAAGGAAACGGCGCGCGAGUACAAGGACUAA